AUGUGUUUGACGGAGAAGGAGGAGGAAGAUUACCACAGUGCUAUCCUUCAGCAAAUCAAAGCAACAGAAAACGUGCGUAACAAAUACGCUUCAUUCUUCUCCACUGGCGGCCACUGUCUCGGCCACGUAGUGGCAGGUAGUGGAUUAGAGCGCACAUGCAGACAGCCCUACGCCGAUGACGACUAUGACGCAUUCAUUGAUUGGGCGCUUCUCUCGAUCGACCCCAGACGCAGUAUCAUCAGCAAUGAGCCAUACCCAUACCAUGGGUUGAAAGGGAAUUUUGAUGGCCUGGUGAGCUUGAAAGAAGCGGUGGAGCAUACCCCGAUGAAAUUACACACCGUUUAUAAAUGUGGGAAAACUACGGGAUUCAUACAAGGAGUACUUGAAUUGCUCAAACAAGCCCGGAUAGUGCGAGGCUCACACGGGCAACUUCAAGGACGUAUAACUCACGAGCAUGUCGUGCCCGAUACGUCCGGUAUUGCGAGCCCAUUUUCCUUGCCGGGAGACUCAGGCGCCUUUACAUUCGAUGGAUCGGGAGGCGUGAUUGGACUUUUGAUCGGUGGUUUUGAGCGGAAGUAUAACUCAUACUUCACGCCGAUUGAAAAUGUUUUUAGAGAUAUCAUGCAGAUGACAGGGGCGUCUGAAGUCCGCAUCUUCCAAACAGACGUUCGGCACUGUUGA